AUGGUAACGUGGCAUCUAAAUAUUUUUCGACGCCGACCACAUCCUGCUCGAUAUUAUCAAGUAUUCGGUCGAGAACCUGAACAAUCAUGGCCAAUGGUUUGCGCUCAAUGUUUAGUUGGAGGAUUUAAAUGUAUAAUAUAUUAUGGUAUUCUCUAUUUGAUUAUUAAAUGGUAUUUAUGGCCAGCAGUUGUACCGAAUCUAAUGAAAUAUGAAUUCGCACAGAAAACAAUGAACCAAUCUUCGAUUCUUCUGGAUCGAUUAAAACCGAAUAGAAAAAUACUAUUCGAUUCCGAUUGA